AUGUCUAACCUACGAUCGGCAGUUUAUGUUGCGCCACCAAUACCAUUCAACGUCGUGGCUCCAUCCAAAGGAGGCGUGUGGUCCCCGAUAUCCUGCACUUUGAUUUACACGGCAAAACAAGCUGUGCUUGUCGACACUCCCAUCACGGUCAAACAGACUGAGGAACUUGUGGAGUGGAUAAAAAGGAUAGCUCCAGGCAGGAAAUUGGUGAACAUCUAUAUCACCCAUGGCCAUGGCGACCACUUCUUUGGCAUACCGGUCAUUCAAAAGCACUUCCCAGAGGCAACGCCGGUUGCCACGCCUCGAGUCAUCGAACAUAUGAACCAACAAGUUCAGCAGCCAAUUUUCGCUUCCAUGUGGGAAGCACGGUUCCCAGGCCAGAUAUACACCCCGCAGCCGGCCCAGUUAGCUUUUCCGCUGCCGGAGAAUCAUCAGUUCCUGUUAGAAGACCGCUACGUCUUACAGGCCAUCGAAUGUGGUCAUUCGGACACCUAUGACUCGACUGUUCUCUGGGUUCCGGACCUCAGGCUCGCGGUGUGUGGUGAUGUUGUGUAUGGGCAAGUGCACCAGAUGCUUUUUGAAGCUAAUACCAAGGCUAAGCGUGAUGACUGGAUUCGAGCCGUGGAAACAGUUGAGGCGUUGAGACCCGCAUACGUUGUUCCUGGUCACAGACUGGCAGAAGAGAUCGAUGGAGUGUGGCAUCUCGCAGCUACAAAGAAUUAUAUUGAGGACCUGGGGAAAAUUGCUGCGAGUGGCCCGAAGGACCCUACGGAGGUUUUUACCAGGAUGAUGGAGCUAUAUCCGGACCGGUUCAAUCCUGCAGCCCUGAGAUUGUCUUCUCACGGAUUGUUUCAGGUCCCAAGAGAGCACCAACUGUAG